GAGCCGGUCCGCCAUUCAUUUGUUCGAGUUGCUGUAAUCUACCGCAUUCCAUAGCGCCUGAUAAUCUGAUAUGCAGACGUAAAAUUCCCACAAAUUGAGUUCGUCCGUAGCGGCUCAACGACACCUCCCCGCUCCUCCCUGGCGGCGAUCAGCCUCCGGCCACAGGAGAUGGGCACCGCCGCAAAGCCCCCUCCCUUCGUCUGCUUCAAGUGGCCUUGGGGCCCUAGCCUUAAUGGGAGCCCUAGCGCCAGCCCAAGCCCCUGCGGCGACCUCGAGCGCCCCUGGCUCUUCAAGUCUAUCUCCACCGUCGCGCAAGGCCUCGCCAUCGCCGGUGACAUCCCCUCCGCUUCCACUGGAAGCGGAGGUCAUGGGGCGAGGUUGUGGAAGCGUCACCCGGGCACCGCGCCGAUGGAGGCGGACCGCGGGGACGCGGAGCAGCGGGCGCUGGCGGCGGCGCUGGUGAGCGCGAGGGCGACCACGGUGCUGGAGUUCUACUCGCCGCGCUGCCGCCUCUGCUCAUCGCUGCAAGGCCUCGUGCGCGAGCUCGAGGAUGGUGGCAAUGCAUCUGCGAGCUUUGUGCUCGCCGACGCCGAAGACGACCGGUGGCUCCCGGAGCUUCUGCAUUAUGAUGUCAGAUAUGUUCCUUGUUUUGUGCUCCUGGACAAGAAUGGUAGAGCCCUAGCGAAAACCGGAGUUCCAACUAGCAGGCAGCAUGUUAUCGCUGGCCUUCAUCAUCUUCUUAACAUGAAGCAACCAUCUGGGCAGUACGGAAAGAAGAGUUGAUCUUGAUGACAAUUUCUUGCGCAUGAUCUGUAAUCAUGGAUCGUACCGUUCCUAAAUACUCCCUCCGUCCGGAAAUACUCGUCAUUGAAAUGAAUGUAUCUAGAUGUAUUUUAGUUGUAGAUACAUCCAUUUUCAUCAUUUUGAUGACGAGUAUUUCCGGACGGAGGGAGUAUAAGUCUUUCUAGAGAUUUCACUAUGGACUACAUACGGAUGUAUGUAGACGUAGUUUAGAGUGUAAAUUCACUCAUUUUGCUUCGUAUGUAGUCUCUUAUUGGAAUCCCUAAAAAGACCUAUAUUUAGGAACAGAGGGAGUAUCAGAUAACACAUUUUGUUUGUUAACCAAGCAUAGACAAUGUUGGAAAAUAUAUUUUUAGCCAACUCAUAUAUGGUCAGAAUUCUAGAA